UCCCCUCUCCUUUCCCUUCUUCGGUAGAGAGCUCCUUGUUCCAGGGUUUCGGACUCCCUUUCCCGAUCUCUCUUCUUGUUUCCUUCUCCCAACCCGAAAUCCCUUCUUGGGGUUCAGAAGAUCGCCAUUUUCUUCGUCACUGGCUUAGAGUAGGAUCGAUUCUUAGAGGUGUUCUCAUGGCUUCCUGCCCUCAUAGUAUGGAUGGAUCCGCCGAUUGCUUCUGCCCGGCGACCGUGUUGAUGAGGCUUCAGAUCUGUCUGACCGCUCGCAAGCGCCUCCAAGAACGCAUCUCUUCCCUCGAAGACAACCUUAACCACAAGAAAAGUCUCCUAGAGAGCCACAAGUUUGAUGCUAGAACAUAUGACGACGCGCUGAAGAAGUGCAUCGAGGACAGGGCGGCGCUGGCAGCAAAAUGCGCCAGGAUGGAGAAUGACAUGAUGAAAUUGACGAUGCCCUGUGAAGAGUUGGCGAAGACUGAAGCAAGCACAUUUGCCAAUGAAUCAAAGAGAUUGAGGCAUGUCAAGCUGGAGAAGAAACUGGGGCAGACUGAUGGGAGCAUGAGCACUGAGCAGUUGAAGAACUCCAACAAGGAGAAGGAGAUGAUAGCAUCCGCGAGCAUCCAGCUGGAUAAUUUGAGGGAAAAUAAAUUCUUGGAUUAAAGCUUAAAGACAAGAAAAUGGUGAAAACAGCAAUCCUUAAUUUGAGAAGAAAAUACAAGAACGAAAAGGGCAGAGUAGUCGGGCAUUGUUUUGUGAAUAUAUUAUUUCCAUUCUUCUUUGACAUGAGGGUGACAGUAUGCACAUUGAGCAACAUUUUGCAACACCCCAGCUUGGAUCUACUGAUGCCACUUUUGGUAACAAACUUGCUUGAUCAUUUUCAUUUUAUAGGAACAUUUAUUAUCUGUCUAGGCAGAAGGUACUCCAUCAAACUUUUUAGAUGAUUUUCAUGUAUAAUACAAGAUUAUUAGAUGUUCUGUAUGUAGGAUAGGGAAGGUGAUGAUAGACUUCAAAAAAGAUUCUCUUUUAUGCAACACUGUAUUUCUAUAAGAACAUAGAACAUGACUUUGAAACAUAGGUCUCUACCUGACUCACAUGUUUUCCUUGUCGAUUAGGUGUUACCAUCCUUCUCAUUUCCUUCAAAGUGAGGGGCUUUUCCUUAGUAGAGAUAGCCUGUCAUUCCUUGUUUGGAGCCACCAGGCUCCGACACCACAAACAUACAUUGAGAGAGUUGACCUUCAUUAAGGCUUAUAUUUUCCUUAUUUUGUAUGAAUAGUUGCUUUAUGAUAUUACUAGAUGAUGCCAAUCAGCACGUCUGUUACCAUAUUUGUCUUGUAUCUGUGAACUAUAUGUGGUAUUUUAUUUAUAUCAGUGAACUAAGCCAAUCAUUGGCCUUUAGAUAUUUUGUCUAGUUGUCCUUUGAUGGUGUUCAGUGGUUCAUUCAAACUUGGACACGUUAUGUCCUUACACUAUAUUUGAGUCUUGGUUUUGUGAUCUUGUUUGUCUAGAGGAUUCUCAUUCUAUACUGAUGCUCAAAUGAUAAAUUUUCAGAACCAAGAAACCUGAUUUUUCAUUGCUGAUAACUUUUUCGACUUUUUGUACUCAUCCUUGGAAAAUUAUUAGUUGAGCACUACAGCUAUAGAAUGUAAUCAUAUAGUUAGAGGAUUUCUGAGUUUUCUUCCGAUAUUGACCAUAGUUGUGUAUGGCUUCCUUUUUCCUACAAUGGAAUAUGACUUAAAUUUAACCCUAACAUGCACUAGUCUACCGGUUCCGUAUCAAGUGACUUAAAUUUAAUCCUGAAAAUGCAUUGAACAUGGAUGGUCCUUAAUGGCCUGAGUCUGAAAAGGAUCUAGACUGAUUCUGAAAAAUGUUCUUCUGUAUUUUAUUUCUGUUUCUUGUAUGUUUGAAGCAAAUUUACAGCUUCUAGAGAAAGUUGUACAGAAGGUUGAGUUCUUCUAAAUUCUCCACUUGUAUGCUUUUGAAAGUUAGCUCCUCUUUGUCAUGGAUUUUGAACUGGUCCCAAAUGUAAUAUCAUUCUGCACUAUUUAAAGGAGAUGACUUUGUUUCUUUCUCCUAGUUCUUAGAGAAGAUAUAAGAUGCAGUGUUUCUUCAUUUCCAUAUAAAUAUUUUCCUUUGGAUAUGCUAUCUUGAUUCUGUUUUUGAUUUAGUUUUGGUUUUGACACCAAGGAAUGGAACUUUAGCUAUUUGCUCAUGUUUUUCAAUAUCUCUCCUUUUCCCCCUUCUACUAUGACUUGCAUUUCUUGGAACUUGUAUGUUUUGCUGGAGAUUUGUAUAUUAGCCAGACAAGAAAAUUGCCUGCUGAGUUUGCAUCCUUCGAACAUGAUUUAGAAAGUGUGAUUAUCAAUUUCAAAAGUGUUGGAGAUGAGGUAUGAUGAUGGGAAUGCUUGUAUCCUUUUGAUGAAUAUAGACAUUGGUCUACUGGUUCCCAUAUCAAGUGACUUGAAUUUAAUCCUGAAAAUGCAUUGAUCAUGGUCCUUAAUGGCCUGAAAAGGAAAAAGACCUAGGCUGAUACUGAAAAAAGUUCCUGUGUUUUAUUUCUGUUGGUAGUAUGUUUGAAGCAAAUUGACAAGUUCUAGAUAAAGUUGUACUGAAGGAUUCAUUUCUUAUAAAUUGUCCGCUUGUAUUCAUUUGAAAGUUACCUCCACUUUGUCCUGGAUUUGAAUGGGGUCACAAAAUACUGCCAUUAUGAAUGAUUUGAAGGAGGUAUUUUGUUUCUUUCCCCUAGAUCUUAGAGAAGUUAUAAGAUAUAGUGUUUGACCAUUUUCAUUGAAUAUUUUCCUUGGAUGUAUGAUCAUAAUUCUGUUAAUUUAGUUGUAGUUCUCACAUCAGAGAAUGGAACUUUAGUAAUAUUUGCUCAUGUUCUUCAACAUCUCUCCUUUUUGCCCCCUUCCUACUAGCAUUUCUUAAAAAUUGGUUGUUUUGCUGAAAAUUUGUGCAUUAUCCAGACAAGAAAAUUGGCUGUUGAGUUUGCAUCCUUCAAAAAUAGAGUUAGAAAGCAUGGUUAUCAGUCAGAAGAGCUGAAGAAGAGGCAUGUAGAUGGAAUAACUUUCUUUUUGUAUUGUCUCAAUGAAUAUUGACUUGUAUGCUUAUUUUGUUAAAUGUCACUUCACUCCUUUGGGAAAAAGGAGCUAUUCUGAGGUUCUUAAGUCAAGAAGGAUACCUUGAGGGAUCUGUGGGCAGUCUCUCUGCAACUGAUUUAAAAUAAGAAAAAUUUUAUACUUAACAGCUUUGGUAAGCUAUUUGAUUAAGUAUUUUAAAUCACUUUCUUCAUGCUUCUGUGGGUACCUAUCAUAAUUAUAGAUGGAGUGAUUGGAUCUUAAUGUUUUAGUUGCUAGGCACCUGAAAAUAGCUAAUGUCAGUUGUUGUAAUGAUUAUCAGAUGCGUAGUAAUGAUUCCAAUAUCUAUUUGACAUUACACCUCUGUGCCUCCAAUUGAGCAACCACCUUGUAAAUUGUAAUAUUGUCACAUUAUAUUUGUUCCUCAUCUGGCAUGACUUGUCUAUGAAUGUCAAAUCCAGUGAUCACAGUUUGACUCCUGUAAGCACUUCAACAUUAUAAAAUACAAGUGAAAAUUGAAAUUCCUUUUUGAGGAAUGUUUUUUCAUCUAGCAGCAUCUAUCCUUUAUACUUAUUGGCCAUUCAUAAUCAUUGAGAAUCCUUUACCUUUUAUUCUCACCUCAAACUAUUGCUUGUCACUCGUACUAAUACUAUGGCCAUUUUACUAGUCAUCCUGGAAUCAUAAUCUAAUUGGUAUCACCUGGUUUCCAUCCCCAUGUUACUGUGGAUGACUAAUGAGUUGAUUUUUGAUAUAAAUAUUUUUUAUCAUUAAUGAUAUUCAACUAAUACCAAGAAACAACAAGAGGUGUUGCUGACGCUCUGUUCUUGUAACAUACUUUGCUUGACAUGCUGAUUGAUGUUUUUAAGUUUUC